UCGUUGUUGAGUGGCUAACCAGCAGAAUUCCUUCACCUGCCGCAUAAAAUGGGCAGCUUGGUUUGUCUUCCUCAUCCUCUCUUUCUUCUUCUUUCCAUCACCUCGCCGUUUCAUUCAUACCCACUACUAUACCAUUACUCUCUUUUUGUUCUACAUCGCCAUGUCACGUCUCUCUACUAUCCUCCUCCUCGCCACCACUGCCGUCUACGCAUCCGUCACCCCCGCUCAUGAAUCUCAUACCGAGAACAAGCUCCCUAGCAACAGGUGGUAUCAUGAAGACGAUCAUCCAGUACACGCCCUCUUCAAGCGUGGACCAGUCGGCGAUGGUAUUAUUUAUCCCGCAAUAGGAACGCCAGAGUGGUCCGCUGGCUUCCCCCCAGCUAUUGCGGAUACUACGACGCUCCCCAAGGCUUGGGUGGAUGCUCUUAACGCAGCCGCUGCGGCGGGCAAGAUUCCCGAUAUUCCCCAGUCUACAAGUACCAACGGACUGGAUCCCGUAUACCCCUCUGGAUACGACCCAUCGAGCGCUAUUGUUUGCUCCUCGACUGCCAAGUGUGUUACGCCAGGUGACGUGUGGGACGCUCCGCCAGGUGUUAUCGCCCUUAGUUUUGACGAUGGCCCGCUACCGGCAUCAGAUCAACUGUAUCAGUUCCUCGCUAGUCACUCGGAACAUGUGACGCACUUCUUCAUUGGCACCAACAUUCUCCUGUAUCCCGACCAGUUCAAAACUGCAUUCGAGACGAACCAGGAUGAUAUCGCCGUUCACACUUGGACUCACCCAUACAUGACCACCAAGUCGAAUCUCGAGGUGGUCGCUGAGAUCGGAUGGACGAUAGAGCUUAUCCACAACUCGACGGGCGGGCGUGUCCCUAAGUACUGGAGGCCGCCUUACGGUGACUCCGAUAUGCGCAUACGGGCUGUUGCAAAGGAGGUGUUCGGGCUCACGACCGUCAUCUGGAAUCAAGACACUGAUGACUGGACCUUGAGCGAGCCUGUCCCAUUGACCACGCCAGAGAAAAUCCAACAGCAGAUGACACAGUGGUUGACCGGUCCAAAGACCCCCGGACUUGUCAUUUUGGAACACGAGUUGUCUGAUCUAUCCGUCAAGUCAUUCAUAGAUGCAUACCCGAUGAUGGUUUCAAACGGCUGGACGAGGACAUCUCUUGCUCAGUUAGAUGCUGGUUCAGUCUACCAGAACGCCUGGAACUCAACGUCACAAGUCAUCCCAGCAAAAGUAGGUGACUUGGCCGUCAAGCCCCCGGCCCGCGCCAGCACUACCAGUGCAAAACCGACGGCAACCACUACGAAAAAGCCGGCUUCGUCCUCGCUGUCAUCUGGAAAACCUGGCUCUUCCAAUAAGCCUCUUGGCAACCAGAAGAGCGGGGCGACUCACUUCAGCGCUGCGUCCCUUGCACUUUCUGGCGUCAUCGCAGUCAUUAUUGCAGCUGCAGUUGGAAUUAUCAUGGCAUAAGUGUACCGGAUUUUUGCAAGAGACAUUCAUGGACUUCGCACAUGACUAUC